UGCUCGUCCUUUAUGCUCCCGUUUGAGAUUAACUCCGAAAUUGUAGAGAGAGAGAGAGAGAGCGUUUUUGUGUUUUUCUCUGUUACAACUUAUUAUUAUUAUUAUUGUUUGGGACACAACUCAGAGAGUUCUUGCGAAUUUGCAAUCUCUCUCUCUCUCUCUCUCUAACGUUGGUCUUUCCUUUCCCCUUUCUGCCGACGAUUUUGGUUGUCUCCUUUGGAUCAGUUAGGGCCCUUUGUGCUGGUUUGUAGCUUUUGCUGAAUACCAGCAAUAAUGAAGAAGGUUAUUGGUCAAACUGUUAGGGACCUUAAAAGAGAAGUAAAUAAGAAAGUGCUGAAAGUUCCUGGGAUUGAACAGAAGGUUCUUGAUGCUACCAGCAAUGAACCAUGGGGUCCUCAUGGAUCACUUCUUGCCGAUAUUGCUCAGGCAACCAGAAACCCUCAUGAAUACCAGAUGAUCAUGUCAGUAAUCUGGAAGCGAAUUAAUGACACUGGCAAGAAUUGGCGACAUGUCUACAAGGCUUUGACAGUACUAGAGUACUUGGUGGCUCAUGGGUCAGAGCGAGUGAUAGAUGAGAUCAGAGAACAUGCUUAUCAAAUAUCAACAUUGUCCGAUUUUCAAUAUAUUGAUUCCAGUGGAAGAGAUCAAGGAAACAAUGUCAGGAAGAAAUCUCAAAGUCUGGUUAUCCUUGUGAAUGAUAAAGAAAGAAUCAUAGAAGUUAGGCAGAAGGCUGCUGCUAACAGGGACAAGUUUCGCAACAAUGCAGCAGGUGGAAUGUAUAGACCUGGUUCACAUUCAAGCAGUGGAGCCUAUGGUGACCGAUAUGAUGAUGAUCGUUAUGGAAGCAGGGAGGAAGAUAGAAAUGGCUAUGGUUAUGGAAGAGAAAGAGAAUGGGGCAAUAGAGAUGAUGAUCAACAUAGUCGUGAUGGAGAUCGUUAUGGCAGAGAUUAUGAGGAUCGUUAUGGCAGGGAUGGUUACAGAGAUGACGACUACAGGGGAAGAAGCCGAAGCGUUGAUUACCAAUAUGACACAAGAAGCAGGAGCUCUGAUAGAGAUCGUUGUGAUGAUGAUGGACAACACUCAUCUCGCGGAAGCAAUGCUAAAGCUGAAGACCAAUCUCUGGAAGCAAGGCUUGAGCGGAAACUUUCUGAGCAAAAUAUGGGUGCUCCUCCUAGCUAUGAAGAAGCUGUUGGUGAAUCUCGCAGCCCUGUACACAGUGAAAGAGAUGCGGAAACUUCGGCACCAUCUGCUCCUAGAGACUCCUCUCCUCAUGUAAAUGAUAAUCCUAGUCAAAUCUCUGCUCCUACGGGAUCUUUUCCUGUAAACAAUAAUCCAACCGAAGCAACUACUGCUGCAUCUGGAGCCCAGGAAACUGAGACGACUGAUGACUUUUUUGACCCACGUGGUCCUUCAUCAGCUGCUCCUGCCGCCCCAGCCACCACUAACAGCGUUGAAAUGGACUUGCUCGGUUCCCUCUCAGACUCAUUCUCUUCAAAUGCAUUAUCUCUUGUACCAGCUGCAUCAGCAACUGCUGCUCCUGAUGCAAAUUCUGGAUCAACAGCUUCCUUUGCAGCAGCACCAUCUGGGUCCAAUAAUUUUGAUCAGUCUUUUGAAGAUCCAUUUGGUGACUCGCCAUUCAAGGCUUUUACUUCCACUGAAACUGCUCCAUCUCAACCCCAGACAUAUCAGAGUAUUGAGCCUUCCCAAUCAAAUGGUCUUAAUGCAGAAACAAACUCUAACUAUGGGUUUGGGGAUUCAUUUUCUGUUGUACCAUACUCUGCUCCUGUUUCCUCUGACGCUCAACCUUUCUCUGCAAACUCUCAGUUUCCGUCUCAAGAUAUGUCAUCUUCACAGCCAGAAACAGAUAUUCUUGCAGACAUUCUUCCUCCUGCACCAUUACCUGAGAUGCAUUCACAGCAAAACAUUUCAGCACCUGCUUUUGACCAUCCUUCUUCACCUUCCUUUCCAGCUUCAUCUGGUCAAAUGGCUUCACAACCAUUUUCUGAACCAACGGGCCAAUUCCCCCAGCAAGGUUUCUCAGCUGCAACCAGUCAACCCGCACAAACCUUUCCAGUUCCUACAGAUCAAUUUUCUCAACAACACUUUUCUGCUCCUAAUGGCCAACCAGGACAAGUACAAUCAUCCUUUUCAUCUCCCUCCAGUCAAUAUGCACAACAACCCUUUUCAUCCCACGCUGGUCAACCUGGCUUGCAUGCAUUUUCAUCGCCUACUGGCCAACAUAUGCAGUCACCUUUUUCUUCUCAAGGUGGCCAACCUGCACAAUCAGGUAGUAUGUAUGGUGGAUUGCACUCCCAGGGUGGAUCUCCAAACAUGUCUCCUCAAUCCCAAAAUGGAUAUAAUGGGCAUAUGAAUAGUGGAAACUUUGGAUCAAUGGCAGCUUUUCCAUCACACAUGGCUCCCCAAGCUCCAACAGGACAGCUGUCACAGGGCACCAACUUUCCCCAUCAUGGAGGAUCUAUUGCUCACACUGCUCCGCAUUUGUCUUCUCACUCUCCAACUCAUCAGCCAUCACAGUUUAACAGCCAGAGCUUUACUGGACAACAAGGGAAUGCCACCCCCCAUAGCUCACCAAUUACCAAUCAAUCACUUGCUUCACAAUCAAAUUCUUUAGUUUCUCAACCAUCCAAGGACAAGUUUGAGACAAAAUCAACAGUUUGGGCAGAUACACUAAGCAGGGGAUUGGUUAAUUUGAAUAUAUCUGGACCUAAAACAAAUCCAUUAGCAGAUAUUGGGGUUGACUUUGAAGCCAUUAAUAGGAGGGAAAAGAGAAUGGAGAAGCCCACUACCACGGCUGUAACAUCAACUGUAACUAUGGGUAAAGCUAUGGGAUCGGGUUCAGGUAUGGGUCGGUCUGGUGCUGGUUCUCUCAGGCCUCCUCCAAACCCAAUGAUGGGUUCUGGCAUGGGCAUGGGCAUGGGCAAUGGUCCUAGUGUUGGUAUGGGUAUGGGAGGCUAUGGAGGCAUGAAUACAUCUAUGGGUAUGGGAAUGGGGGGGAUGGGGGGAAUGGGUAUGGGACAAGGAUACCAUAACCAGAUGCAACCCCCAACUAGAUUGCCUCCUGGCUCCAACAUACCAGGUAAUUAUAAUAACUCUAUGAUGGGUCCAGGUAGUUAUGGUCAACAGCCAUAUGGUAGUUAUGGUCAACAGCCAUAUGGCGGCUACCGAUGAGAUAGAACACUAUGCCUAGAUAGCAAGGUGAAGUAUGACUGAUUGUUUUUUGCUACAAGUUGUGAAAGAGAAAUGCCAAUACCAGUGCUACUAGUAGUAGUCUACAUUUUGGGUUUAUAGCGGUGUAUCAUUAAAGCUGCAAUUUUCUGUAAAGUGACCCAGUGUGACGUACGUGUAUUUGUUAUAAAUAUGUUGUUACCAUUCUUUUUGGGUCACCCUUUAUGUAGGUGCUUUGAGCAUCAAUGUUGUGUACCAGUGACUGGAUAUAAUAACCUUGCUUGGGUUAUUGCUUUCUGUGCUUGUUCCUCAUUUUUUGAACACCAACAGGUGGUUUGAUAUUAAUAUAAUUUUUCCAUUGUACCUUUUAUUUUA